AUGACAUCUGGCAACAACAUUGAGCAGGAAUACGUGGAGUUAAACACUAAAAACGAAUGGCAAAUUCUCUACCAGAAAAUCCGUUCUCAAAGUCAAACCGAUAACAUGUGUUCAGAGGCUGUUAAAUCCGAGAAUAAACUGUUGAAUAGGUAUAGAGAUGUGAAUCCGUACGAUCACAGCAGGAUAGUAUUAAAACGCGGUCCUACCAAUUACAUCAAUGCAAACCUUAUUAAAGUAGAAAAGGCCAACCGGCAGUACAUUCUGACACAAGGACCGUUGAGCAACACGUAUAGUCACUUCUGGUUGAUGAUAUGGGAACAGCAAUGCAAAGGGGUAGUAAUGUUGAAUAAACUGGUAGAGAAAAGGCAAGACAAAUGUUAUCAAUAUUGGCCGUCCAAAAUCGGUCCCGAACACAAGAUGCAACUGACAGACGUCGGAUUGACCGUAGAGUACCUCGAACAAAAAGAUUAUUCCUAUUAUUUAACGCGGCUGCUCAGACUGACCGAUACGGAGAGCGGCAACCACCGCGACAUACUGCAAUUCCACUACACCACGUGGCCCGACUUCGGGGUGCCCGGCUCCCCAACGGCCUUCCUCGAGUUCCUGCGCAAAGUGAGAGACGCCGGCGUGUUGGAAUCGAACGUGGGGCCCGCCGUCGUUCAUUGUUCCGCUGGCAUCGGACGGUCCGGUACAUUCUGUUUAGUCGAUUCCGUUCUAAUUUUGAUCGAUAAGUAUGGUAUAAAUUCGGUGGACGUGAAGGAGAUUUUGUUGGAAAUGAGGAAAUACAGGAUGGGGUUAAUACAGACGGCCGAGCAAUUGAGAUUCUCGUAUCAGGCUAUUAUCGAAGGCACAAAAUCUGGUGGAAAUAUUGAUGGAAAAGGGGAAAAUCACAUCAACAACGUAUCAACGGAUGCAUCGAACGUAGAAGACAACUCCGAGUCCGAAGAAGACGAAGUACCGCCGUUGCCUCCUCCUAGGUUGGACAGCCUGCCAAGGCCCAACGGGACAUCGGUCGAUAGGCCUCUUCCUCUCAUUCCCAACAGCGCUUCCGAUCACGAUUGGAACUAUCAAAACAAAGACGGCGACGAAGAGAAUUACAUUCCGAGCGGGCCCUUACCGGUGGUGCCGGGAGAGGACGAGCUGAGCGAAGAAGACGAACUCGAAGAGGAAGAUGAGGACGACGCGAGGUCGGAGAGUUCGCUGUCGGAUCGAUCGGAUACGACGAACACGAAAUCGAGCUCGCCGACUGAAUUGAGACAACGAAACAGAUUGGAAAGGAAAGAGAAACUGGAAGCGCAAGUGAGGGACAUGAAGCGCCGCCAAUUGGUCAACGAGCAGUGGACGCAACUGAAGAGGUCUUUAUACUUACCUUUAGUUUUAGGGGGCACCCUGCUUUUGGGUGGGGGUCUCAUUGCUUACGUUUAUUUCAAAAAUUGA